ACAUUAUUCUCAUCUGUAUUAUUAUGAUAUCCAACCCUUUCCAAAAAUCAUCGCCAUGGGUGCGGUCGAACAAAAUGAGGCCAUGGGAUCGCAGCGCAUGCUUGUAUUUAUUCGGACCGAUCGGAUUACAGAGCUCGUCCUCCUUCAGCCGCUCUUGGCAACACUCUGUUGCCAAGAGAGGCUUUACAAACAAGGGAACCGGAAGGAGUGUCUUUGUCACCAGCACUCCGAUUAUUUUCAAGCCCCCAAAGCCCUCGUGAUCCGCACCAUAUGCCAAAACGAUCGGGAUGUCAGAACUAUCAAGCAAAGGACGCCUAUCGGCGAAAGACUCACCAUCACCCCUGGCUUGCGAGGAGCUGAUCGAGGUGGAUGGCGACCUGAGAACCAUCCUUCAAGAAGGAGCCAGCGAGGCAAUGGGAGGGAUCUCCGUUUACACGAGCCAAUCCUCGAAAUUCGACAGCGAGACAAUCCAGAGGUGCCGCAGCAAAGUUGCAGAAGAGCUGAAUCGACGACAAGGCCCAAGCACCCUACCCAGAGAGUAUCGUAUCUGCGAGCUGUUCGAAUCUCAUCUACAGACAAUCCGAAUUUACAAAAUAAUACAGAUAGAGAAGCUUACGGAAAGUGGCGUAUCGCCAAAAACCCCCCCCAGGUAUCCAGGAGCGCGAAAUAAUUACCACUUCUAUCGCCGCGCCCAAUCAGCCAACCUCUUGUUUACAUCGAGACUUGUUUCAGAUGAUCCUAGAACAUGUCCAGCAACAAGGGGUGCGCACGUACGGGUCGGCCGCCAUGCAGGAGUGACUUACAUUAUUAUAAUUGCCGCCGCAAAGUCCUUGCGCGCCACACCACUACCUACUACAACCACCUACUUUUAUAUGGAAGUGGCGCAUAGUGACUUUAUUAAAUUAUAUAAGUUUGCUUUCAAGAUUAGUAGCAGUGGGAUAUUCUACUUAAUAAAGAAGAUAAUAAGAACGCUGUCGUCU